AAAGUGGGCAACCACCAACUUUUUUACUGCUGCUGUGUGACACAGAGUCACAGACACACAGGCCUGCACAGAAACAAAGGAGAAAAAAAAAAUCCGAAAAGGAAUGGGCCAUGUGGAUGGAGGGGCCUCCACAUGGGGGCUAUAUAUACAGACCCGAGGUAUCACGAGGUUCAUCAAUAAUACUGGCAACAAAAUGGUGAUUACUUCAGUCGGCGACGAAGAGAGGGGAGAGAAUUAUACGCAGGACGGUUCCGUGGACCUCAGAGGAAGGCCAGCGCUUCGGUCUAAAGGCGGGAGAUGGACUGCCUGCUCCUUCAUCGUCGGGUACGAAGUGUUCGAGAGGAUGGCGUUCUACGGGAUAUCGGCGAACCUGGUGGUGUACCUGACAACGAGGCUGCACGAGGGGACGGUAACGUCGUCCCGAAACGUCACCAACUGGGUGGGCACCGUCUGGCUCAUGCCCAUCCUCGGCGCCUACGUCUCCGACGCUCACCUCGGCCGCUACUGGACCUUCCUCGCUUCCUCCGCCAUCUACCUCUCCGGCAUGUGCUUGCUAACUCUGGUGGUCUCACUGCCUUCACUGAGGCCACCCUCAUGCCCUGGCUCGAGCCAAGGUUGCGACCCACGAGCUUCCAAGUUCCAGAUCGGCAUCUUCUACACUGCACUCUACGUGCUAGCUGUGGGCACGGGCGGGACCAAGCCGAACAUCUCGACGAUGGGCGCGGACCAAUUCGACGACUUUGACCCGGCGGAGCGAGCCCAGAAGCUCUCCUUCUUCAACUGGUGGAUGUUCAGCAUCUUCUUUGGGACCCUCUUUGCCAACGCUUUCCUUGUGUACAUCCAGGACAAUGUGGGGUGGACCAUAGGGUAUGGGCUGCCGACGGUCGGGCUGAUGAUCUCGCUGCUGGUCUUUCUGGCUGGUACCCCAUUUUACAGGCAUAAAUUGCCCUCAGGCAGCCCCUUUGCUAAGAUUGCCAGGGUCUUGGUGGCUUGCAGUAGAAAGUGGUGGGUUCCAGUCCCAAGUAACCCCAAAGAGCUGCAUGAGGAGUUGGAGGUUUGCCCUACGGCUGGGAAGUAUAGGAUUGACAGAACACCUUAUCUAAGCUUUCUUGACAAAGCAGCAGUGAAGAAUGGGCCAAGCACGCGGUGGACCCUCUGCUCUGUAACUGAAGUGGAGGAAACGAAGCAGAUGAUACGGAUGCUCCCAAUCUUGGUCGCCACCUUCAUCCCCAGCACCAUGCUCGCCCAGGUGAACACUCUCUUCGUCAAGCAAGGCAUCACCAUGGAGAGAAGCAUGGGCCCUCAUUUCAAGAUCCCACCCGCAAGCCUUGCCGCCUUCAUCACCCUCUCCAUGCUUAUCUGCGUUGUCAUCUACGAUCGAUUCUUCGUCAGGACAAUAAGAAGAUACACCAAGAAUCCGAGAGGAAUCAGUCUCCUUCAAAGAAUGGGAGUUGGUCUCAUUCUGCAUAUCAUAAUCAUGGUGGUUGCUUCUGUAACAGAGAGGAAGAGGCUCCAAAUUGCCCAUGAAAACGGCAUAUUUGAUAGCAGAAAAGGAAUCACGCCUCUCAGCAUCUUCGCGUUGCUUCCUCAGUUCAUACUUAUGGGCAUGGCUGAUGCAUUCUUGGAAGUCGGCAAGCUAGAGUUCUUCUAUGACCAAGCACCAGAGAGCAUGAAAAGCUUGGGAACUUCAUAUUCUACUAGCAGUUUGGGAAUAGGGAAUUUUCUUAGUAGCUUUCUCCUCACUGUUGUGGCCAGCGCGACUGGAAGAGGGGGGCACAAGAGCUGGAUACUGGACAACCUCAAUGAAUCCCACCUUGACUACUACUAUGCUUUCUUUGCAGUAUUGAACGUCUUCAAUUUCCUGUUUUUCUUGGUUGUGAACAGGAAUUACGUUUACAGGAAAGAGGUGUUUGCUUCUGCAGAGAUGGAGUUGCAAGAAGAGGACUGCCGAAAGAUAGAUAGCUGAAUAUAAUUGUUUGCAUCUGCCGUGGCAAAUACUUCACCCCUUUGGUAGAAAAAAUGUUGCUGUUAGCCUGUUAGUGGUAGUUUCUAAGGGAAAAUUGUGGAUGUUGGUUGCAAAAAUGCAGUACAAAAGGACAUUCGAUUCUUACAUGAUCAUAUAGUGAAGCUAUGAGAAAACAAAACAUCUCUCUCUCUCUCUCUCUCUCUCUCUCUCCAUAUAUGUUUAUAUAGAAGCUGGAAUAUGAACAAAUCAAGGACUAAAAUACCAACAACCCUGGAAAACUUAAUACGAAGAACCCAUGAAAGCUUUCUUUCCAUUGGUCUGUUUAGAUUAGAUUGAACGAUUAAUUUUGGUUCUCUGGCGCAAUACCAGAAGAGUACUUUUGAAUUACCAAUAUGUGAGUCGUAUACGCAUAACACUUUUAUUGAGUUCUCACAUUUCUUGGUUGUCAUAUUUUCAGU